AGCGAGGCGACUGAGGAAGAAGAGUGGCGCACACAAUGCACUGCACGGCUGACAUGGGUUGUGUCUCCCUGGCUUUCACGAUUAAUUUCCAAUUGAGUGGAAACUUGUGAAGGGGCAUCCGCGGAGCCGUUCUCCUUCUCUUCGUGUGUUUUAACUCUGGAUUGAGUGCGAAUAAGAAACCUUUGACUGGAAACGUCGGCGAGUGGGCCAACUAAUCCUAAACAUUGGAUUACACAGGAAAGGCUGCAUGAAGGAGCUGCCCAGCCCAACGGGGGCUUGGCCGACACCCUCGUUUAUGGAAAUCGACACCGAGGCUUUGAUAUUUGGGCCUUGAUUUUUUUUCUUUCCGAUGGAGGUGGGACGAAGGUGCGUGUAGAUAAGCGAGAUAUUAUUUUAAGGACGAUUAGUUGUAAACAACGUAUUAUUUCUGCUUCCGUUUAAAAAGAGUCCUGUUUAGGUGGCUAACAGCUGCUUAGCUCGCCAACGGCUGGAUCGGCUAACGCUAGCUAGCCACCGUGCUAACGUUACGUCUUUCUUUUGAUGUGAUGCGAAUUCAACCAUUACUAUCGGCCAUCAACGUUUCGUCCGGAACAUUUGUUCUCAUGGCUGCGGAUUAUUAGUUAGCUUCACAGUAAACUGCCCGGCGUGUCAGUUUUUGGAGACAGGUUUUAAGAAUAUAGUUUUAUUCUUAGGUCGCUGGCUGAAUAUAUUGUAAUGUAUUGAGUUAGCCGUGGACAUGCUACAUAGAGUCAACACUGACCUAACGCUAGCUUCCUUUACUAUUACCAGGACAUCUCAUUUUACUCAUUUUAGGUUGUGAGUAAUUUACUGUCAACAAUAACAAUUCACAUUAAUACGAAAUAAUGGCAUGGUCGGUGUGUUAAUGUUGGUUAUGUGGGUGAUUGGCCUUGCUAAUGUAACGUUGACUAACAUGUAAAAAAAAAAAAAUUGUCAGCAGAUAUUAAGAAAAUUCCUGCACGUAAGAGUUAAAUUAAGCAAAGUCUACAUUGACGUGAUUUUCAUUUUGAAAUAUAACUCUGGUGAGACCGCUUUGUUGUAACCCAACUAGUCUUUUUUUGUUUACAUGCGUAUAACUUGUGUGGCUGUCGGUAGCUAAUGUUAGCCUUCUACGGGACACAGGCAGCUAUGUCCUGACAUUUGUGUGAGUCGUGGAUGUUUUAAAUCCCCAUGUGGAGAUCGGUUUGCGUUUAUAUUUAUGGAAAUGACACUCAAAUUUCGCCGAAAGAAAGGCACUAAUGCCGAUAGACUGUUGUCAAAGGACGGUAAAUAAUAGCCACUUGGUUCCAUUAACGCCAUUUUAACAGGGGCUCCCUGCGAGGGCCUGUGUGGUGGUGGUGUUUUUCUUGCGGUUCGGUGCCUUCCACCGGACCGGGACUUGAAUAAAGUGCCUUUGGUCUCACUGGAGCUACAGAAGGAGGACCCGUUUGAACAUGGAGGGCCCGAGCCGAAGCACUGGAUUCAGGCAAAGUCGAAGGUCCCGUUCACAGCGCGACAGGGAGCGGCGGAGGAGGAGAUUGGACCUGGCCAAUGAGCGGGCCACAUCCCUGUCCUCGGGCUCCGAUCGGGAGGCUUGUGGGACAAACAGUGUGCUGGGUCCCGGUGGGAGAGAAUGCCGGCCCGGUUUUGGGAGACACAGGCCUCCACGCCGGAGGAAGAGAGAGUCGGUGUCCUGCGAGGAAGACAUCAUUGAUGGCUUCGCUAUUGCGAGCUUUGUCAGCUUGGAGGCACUGGAGAUGGACUGCUCUCUGAAGCCCAGUCAGCGCACUGAUAUGCUGGGAAGGAGGAACAAGGGGAAGAGAGGGCCGGAGGAGAAUGGUGGAGGGCCGCUGUCAGAGCCGGAGGAAGGAGCUCCUCACAGCUACUCCAGCAGCUGUUGGAAGAGUAGAAACAAGAGGAGAAAGAUAGAGGGACACCCUUUGGAGACUGGCUACAUUUGUGACACCGAGAGUGAUACAGGAGACAAGGCCUCCGACAACGACAUGGACCCAGUCUUCACAGUCAGCACGAGGAAAGUUGUGGAGCCUGCCCCCUCAAACAUGGGCACAUCCAUGGGCAAAAUCUGCCCGCCUCUGCCGGCCCGUUGUGGUGGUGUCUCACGGUUGAUGGUGACCCCGAGAGUAUCUGGCCUAGAGCGAAGUCAAGAGAAAAGCUUGGAGCAGCAUGUCCCAGAGCCUGUUUCUUCUUCUGCCUCUUCGGUGCCCUUCUCUUGCCUGCCUCCCCCGAUCACCGCCUCGGGCACGCUCCCCAGGUCCAGCCCGUUCAACGGGAACGGCAGUCGCCACAACGGCAGCCCGCCACUCACCAAACCCAAACCUUUCCACACUUUGCCUGGACGAGCUCACUCCAUCUACAACAUCAACAGGAACAACACCCCAGUCAAACCUCCCCCAUCUGCCUCAUCUGUUGCCUCUUCCUCAUCCUCCAUGCGCCCCCCGACUCCCUCCACCAGUGUGUCGCUGCCCUACAUGAGGGGCUCAGGAGCCUCAGGGCCCCACCGACCCCCAUCCCGAGCCAACUCUGGGGCCUUGUUCGCAUCUUCACCUGGCCUCCCCCCCCCUCCACCUCUGCUACAAGGUCCUGGCCACUCAACAGCAGCAGACCAAGAAUUACUGCGUCAAAACUUAAACUCCCACUUCUUGAAUUCACAAGAGCGCGAGGGCAGACGCAGCGUCCCAGGGUCUGAAAAUAAUGGAGCAGCUGCGGGCCUCUCCACUCCUGGUGGUCCAUCAGCAUCAAACUCCCGACCCGGUUCAUCGGGCCGGACGUCUCAGAACCAGCCGAGCAUCCCGCCUCUGGCCUUCCAGUUUCAUCACCACAACCACCAGCACCAACACACGCACACGCACCAACACUUCACGCCCUUCCUGCACCCCACAGCAACCGCACCGCCUCUGUUUGAUAAGUAUGCAGGCAAAAUGGACGGACUGUACCGACACCCUUUCUUCCCACAGUACCCGCCGCCCUCAGUGCCGAGUAUCCAGCCUGUGAUUCCUCCCACUGGGCCUUUCAGUUCCUUGCAAGGAGCAUUUCAGCCAAAGCCUCUUGUCCCUCAGGGAGCGGGUCCUGAUAUAACGGCACGACUUGGGGUUGUGCCUCACCACCUGCAGCCCAAAGACCCCAGGCUAACUGAUCCAUUUGGGACAUCGUUGAAAAUCAGUAAUAAACCAGGAAAGUGGUGUGCUAUGCAUGUAUAUGUGGCCUGGAUGAUUCUAAGCCAUCAGAAAAAAGUGAAGCUGAUGCAGGCUGAUCCUCACAAGUUGGACUUCCGUAGUGACCUGCUGGCCCGUCUUCCUGGAGCUGGGGGCCCCCUGGGGCCCAUGGGAGGAGCCCUGCCUCACUCUCAUGAUCUGACCAGACCUCCCAGUCUGUUCUCAUCUGCAGGGGCAGUCAAUCUGUCCUCGGCUCCUUUCAUCUCUCCGUCAGCGCCACACUCCUCUUUCCUCGCACCAACUGCACACUUGGAUCCGUACGGCCGGUCCCCACCCUUCACCCCACUGGGAGCCCUUGGUUCUGGUGCCUUUGGAGGACUUGGCAGCCCAACACUGGCGGGAUCUGUGUAUGGCCCUAAAGAUUCACCAGCUAAUGUGGUCGGAGGUUUGUCCGCCCCCAACCAUCAUGACCCCUGGAACCGUCUGCACGGCGGCCCAUCUGGGUUUGCUCCUGGCCCCAGCUGGGCUAAAGGGCCGGACAAGCGGGAUGAGAGAGACCGAGCAAAGGAAAUGGAGAGGAGAGACAUCCCCCACAUCAAGGAUGAAAAGGACAGGUAUGGCAUUCAGCCAUUAGAAGGAAGAGCUUGGUAUUUUUGGCAGGACAACAUGCUGUAUGGCCGACAACCUGUGAGAAUGUCUCCAGUUGCCCCACCCUUCAAGCCCCGCAGCAGCACCCCCGUCUCCCACGUUAAUGGCCACAGCAGUUCCCUGGGGCCGAGCACUGGGCCCAUUGAGGACUUGACGCGCAGCUUAAAUAGAGACAGAGACCGCGAGCGGGACCGAGACGGGGACAAGAGGCCGCAGCCCAUGGUGUCUUCACGGGGACCUCCUCUUGGCUCUUCAGUAGCAGACAGGGACCGACCACGGUCUUCAUCAUCUUCUGUGCUCACCACUCCCCCACCUUCCAACCGCUCAGCCCCAUCUCCUAUGGACCUUUACUCCCGCCCGAUGGCCCAGACAGCACAUCACAACGAACCCUCACACUCCCAAAGAGACGGUAACCUUCCUUCUUCCUCUGCAGCGUCUGCCUCUGUCACUUCCUUGUCUCAGGCCAAGAAGUCUGACCGGACCACGACACCCGUCUCCAAACCUCCGCUGCUUCUCCCGCCAGUCAAAGUCAAAGAGGAGCGGAAAGAGGAGCCGGAUCACAUCCCCAUCACCCUGCCUCCCCCAGCACCCAACCACAGCUUUGAACGCCCCAACAGCCAUCCACACCACCAUCGUUCUGGUACCCCUUCCUCUUUAUCCCUGACGCCCACUCCUGGUGUUCCGCUCAUGCCACCCACGCCAAACCAUCCUUCCCACCAACACCUUUCCCUGCUGGACCGCUCCCGGGCCAUUGAAGCUUAUCUGGGGAGCACAGGUGCUGCAGGUUUGGUAAUGGGUCCAGGAGGAGACCGUUUCCACCAUGGUCCAGGCCAAGGGCCAUCACAGGGUCCACACAGCUUCACCUGGGACCCCUGGAGAGAACUGGCAGCUCAGCAGCAACAUCAGCAUCGUAGGGAGGCUUUGGCCCUUCGGUCAGACCCUCACCUAGCCCUGCGAUCCGAUCCGCAUCUGGCCCGUCUGCUCCAGCAUCAGCGUCUUCUGGAGGCAGCUGCAGCAGCAGCAAACCCUCACCACCCUCCGACAUCUACCUCUGCCUCCACCUCUGCUGUCCACCAGGAGUUCGGCCUGAUGGCCCAUCACUUUGACCGCCCUCAUCACCUCGGACCCCCAGGAGGAGGACUGAUGGAUGAGGAGCAGCGUGCCCAGAUCCUGAGGGAAGACUUUGAGCGGGCUCGCUACUUUGGGAUGCACCCACACAUCCCUGCUGGCUCUCACCUCUCAAGCCCCUCUCAUGCUGCUACUGCCGCUCACCUGGAGCAGCUCCACCCUGGCCUUCUCUCCCACUCGCUCCAACACGGAGCCGCUCAUGCUUCCCAGCACCACGCUGGCCUCUUUGCUCGUUUAGGCACACUAAACCCACAGCACGUGCCCAACGGCAUCCUGGCAAAGACCCCCGCGGGCUUGGUGGGAGCUCUGGCAGUGGGGGCGCCGCCUCCACUCAUUCCGUCCAUCACCAGCCGGUCGUCCACACCUCCCCGUAGACUUGGACCAGGUGAGCUGGCACUGUACAGUGCCCACAAAGACGGCGAGUCCAGAUAGUACAGGGACAACACUGGAUGAGACUAAGGGAAAUGUCAGGAUCACUGUGCUGCUCUCAACCUGUCCCCUUUUCCUCUUGCAGACUACUAAACCUUGCCCUCCCAGUUACACAACCAAACCAGCUCCAGUCCCCUUCCCAAAUAAAGGGUAAUUACGACUGACUGGAGGUGAUGGAAGGGAGGGAAAUGCAAGACUCAUCAGUGUGACUUGGAAUAUGCGCAAUGGUUCUAUCAGUGCAAUUUAAAGGUACAUGGUUUCUGUGCAUCCUUGGUGUAUUUUUUUUAUUUUAUACUGGCUGUUGGUUAUUACACUUGUCAAUUUGGAAAGCUAUAGGAAGAGGCAGAGGACAGCUUUUCUUUCAUUUGUCAGAUGAAUUACAAUCCAUGCUUUUCUCAGCAAGCCUUUUCCGGGUGGAUUUUGGGAAUGACUUCCAGAGGGAUGUACACUGUGAAAACAUGUCAAGGGUUCAUCCUCAGCUUGGUUCACAACUCAACUCAUGGGAUAUCCUUAAUAUUAUAAAGCCUUCCUCUACAUAAAUCAACCCUGGUUAGGUAUUGUGGAUGAGGGUCUUUAGAAGAGUGGUCAAAGUGGUGCUCUCUGUUCUGUCUUUGUGUAUUUUUUGUCAUUGUGGAAAGACAGAUUAAUGAUGAGACCAUUUUAAUAAAGACCGACCGGUAAGCAUCGCACCUCAACUUCCUGCUUUACCCAAAAAUCGAACCCCAAAACCCUCAGCUUCACUGAUAAUGAGAUUCAACGUUCUGUUUUUUGGCUUGUUUUUUUUGUUGUUUUAUUUUUAAAGGAUGAAUGGCAAAAUGAACUGUUCUACACUGUGUGAGUCACCACAAUAUUUUAGAGCUUUCUGUAACUGUCUCCCACUCUCCUCUUGACUAUAUGAGCAGGACCAGAUUAUAGUAGUCUAUAGAAAUUGCCUUUGUAAUUAUUAUUCUUAACAUUAAUUAUCUUCUAUAAUAAUAAUAAUAAUAAUAAAUAUAUUCACUGUUAUGUUAUUUGUCUUUGUUUUGGGUAUCAACCAGUACUCUCUCCCCAGCUACUAAUCUGUUUCAAAUCAUGCAGAAGACAAAGCAAAAGGCUUGUGUCGCAGAAAACUGUUUAAAUGCUCGUGAACAUUAAGCCGUCUCCAUCGCGACCUUUGGCCUCUUCAAGGAUCUCAUCGACGACUGUUUCGCUGAGGGAGGUUUGCGCCUGUGCGUCAUUGGUUGUGUGUUACGUCCAUUUGGGACUACGGGAGCCUUGUACAUUGAACUGUCGAGUUUGUUUCAUCAAUAAAAAUAAGUUAUAUUCAUGGAUAAGUGGGACAUCUGCUGAAGAACUGAAAAAAA